UUUUUUUUUUUUUUUUUUUUUUUCCUCCUCUUGUAACACAGAGGAUCUGGCAGACUUUUACCUCCUGACACUGUUUACAGCAUAUAUUGGUCGAUACAGUCCCUUAUUGCAUCUGCUCUGGGAAUUAACGAAAGCAGCUUCAAGGCAGUAAGGGACAAGACACAUUGCAAAGAUGACUUUAAACUCACUGCACAUUUUUCUGAUAUUGAUUAGUGGCAUUUUUUGCCAGUAUGACUAUGGUCCUGCAGAUGAUUAUGGUUAUGAUCCUUUUGGGCCAUCCUCAGCAGUCUGUGCCCCAGAAUGUAAUUGUCCUUUAAGCUACCCUACUGCAAUGUAUUGUGACAAUCUUAAACUGAAAACCAUUCCAAUUGUACCAAGUGGAAUAAAAUACCUUUACCUUCGAAACAAUAUGAUUGAGGGCAUUGAAGAAAACACAUUUGAUAAUGUAACUGACCUACAGUGGCUGAUCCUAGAUCACAACCAUUUGGAAAAUUCAAAAAUUAAAGGAAGAGUCUUCUCUAAACUAAAGCAUCUGAAGAAACUUCACAUUAAUUACAACAAUUUGACUGAAGCUGUUGGACCUCUCCCAAAAACUCUGGAUGACCUUCAAUUGAGUCACAACAAGAUCACAAAAGUUAAUCCCGGUGCACUUGAGGGGCUGGCAAAUCUGACUGUCAUACACCUCCAGAACAACCAGCUGAAGGCAGAUUCUAUUUCUGGGGCUUUUAAAGGCCUGAAUUCACUUCUGUAUCUUGACUUAAGCUUCAAUCGACUCACAAAGCUACCAACAGGACUGCCUCAUUCCUUGCUUAUGCUGUAUUUUGACAAUAACCAGAUCUCCAACAUUCCUGAUGAGUAUUUCCAAGGUUUUAAAACCCUGCAAUAUUUACGUUUAUCCCACAAUAAAUUAACAGAUUCUGGAAUACCAGGCAACGUCUUCAACAUCACAUCGCUGGUUGAGUUGGAUCUUUCCUUCAAUCAGCUGAAGAGCAUUCCAACAGUCAGUGAGAAUCUUGAAAACUUCUACCUCCAAGUCAACAAAAUUAACAAGUUCCCAUUGAGCAGUUUCUGUAAGGUUGUUGGACCAUUGACCUAUUCUAAGAUCACACAUUUGCGCCUGGAUGGAAACAAUCUCACUCGGGCUGACCUGCCACAGGAGAUGUACAACUGCCUUCGGGUGGCUGCCGAGAUCUCACUGGAGUGAGAUGCCUCAGAGUCUCAGAUUCCCUUCUAGGGGUCAUCAUUACAUGAAUUACAUCAAGAUAGCUCUUUAAAAUUAAAAUAUGCCUUAAAUGUCAAUCUGCAUAUUAACCAUUCUCUUUGUUAAUAUAUAGCAUGCAACACUAAGGCAACACUAAGGAAAUGUGUGCAUAUUUUUACAAAUGGUUGUAUUUAGGAAGCACAAGACUGACCAGAAGUGGUGUAAAAUAUGCCUUCAUCUGGUUAGUUAAAUUGAAGGAAGACAUUUGGCCUCAUAGAAAUCUACAUCCAUGCAUGCAGUACGUGCCAUCUGGUAUCAGACUUAUCUACAUAAGUCAGAUGGGUUUCAUCAGAGUGUUGAGCAGUAUAGGCUAGCCUGUGUAAAUAGAAGAUUCUCCUGCAAGCAAUCCAGCACUCUUAAUUAUUCAUGCCUUGCUCAUAUUACCAAUCUCAAAGAAAAACAAAUGAUUUAACAAUAU